AUGGGAUCUCUAAGCCAAAAACCUUUAAACUUAUCAAUUCAUAAUGAUUCCACCGUUAUUAAAUCUUCUACACCAACAAAAAAACGGACUAAAACACGUUCCCGAACUUUAGUAGCUCCAACACUAGUAACAGUCAAAAAUCCCAAAACUCUUUGCCCUUUUGUUCUCGAAUAUUCUAUUCAUACUGGGUCUAAUAAAUUUAAUAGGGAAUUGUUAAAUGUAUUUUCACAAAUUGUUGAACCUGAUAAAUUUCUUGUUAUACCAGUGUUCUUAAAAUGCCAAAAUGAUUUGGUUGGAAUUGGUGAAAGAAUCGACAGAGAAAAAGAUGAAAAAUUGGAAGAUUUUGUUGAAUGGGGUAAAACAAUUUGUCAAAAAUUAAGAGGACUCGGGUAUUGGGCUGAUCUUACCGAUCCUGCUUCUGGAUAUCCUAUCUUCUCCGAUCCUGGACCAUCUACCUAUCCAGACGUUCAUGGAGCCGAGCAACUUUUAAAAUAUGACAUUUUUAAUGCAGGGUGUUGUCAUAUUUUACUACAUCCAAAAUGGGGUAGUAAAGUUUAUCCUGGAACUUUAUUUACUACAGCUAACGAAAAUUGUAUUAAACAAGUUAUUAAUGAAAGCGUUUUUCAUCAUUCACUUUAUGAAGAUAAUGGUGAUUUUAGGAGUUAA